AUGAUUAAAUGGCUUAUUGUUAUUGGCAAGACUGCAAGUGAGAAAUUUCUUGUUAAUGUUGUAACUCAAAAAAAAAUUGUGGUUAUAUGUGAUCCAAAGUUCAAUGUCAGUAUGUUGAUUAAAUGGUGUCACAAUGAUGAUUCGAUAAUUAAGGAAGGUCUAGUUUUUUUGCAAAGUCAAACAUUGGGGUAUGAUUCAUGA